AUGAAGGCAGAUAUCUUCCUUAUCACCGCCGUAUGCUCCUUGUUUGCUGUGAUCGUUGCCAGGAAGAACGAUGUCUAUAACGGAUACACAGUAUACGGUGUCAAGGUCAUGAACCGAGCUGACCAAGAAAUCCUGAACGAAUUGAUGCUCUCUUUGGACAUCGACCUUUGGACACAAGGCACGCCAGGGGCUCGCGACGCUCUUGCCAUGGUCUCUCCGCAAAAUCGACUUCAGUUCCUGCACGAAUUGGAAAUAAACGGGCUGUCACAUUAUCUUCACAUUGAUGACGUUGCAAGAACCUUAGACGAGCAUGACGUGGAAGUAGCAGAGUGGCAAAGGAGCAGACGGCAAAGAAUCGUACCGUUUGAAGACUACCCCCGGUACGCCGAGGUUAAUGCUUAUUUAGAGCGAAUAGCGUCCCAGUAUCCAGAUAUCGUUACCCUGGUAAAUUCAGGACCAAGUUUUGAAGGACGCGCAGUCAAAUAUUUAAAGAUCUCAACAUCAAACUUCACGGACGCAUCGAAGCCGGUUUACUUCAUGAACGCGAUGUUGCACGCCCGAGAAUGGGUCACGACGCCGGUGGCCCUCUACUCCAUCCACAGGCUGGUCGAGGACCUCAGAUCCGAAGAUUCGGACCUCCUGCGGAACAUCGACUGGGUCAUAAUGCCGCUGGUGAACCCCGACGGAUACGAGUACUCGCAUACAGACGUACGCCUGUGGAGACGCACGCGCUCCUUCAACCCGUCGGUGAGCACCACCUGCUACGGCGUAGACGCCAACCGGAACUUCAACGUGUCGCACAACACCAUCGGCGUGUCGGCCGACCCCUGCUCCGACGUGUAUCCGGGUCCGGUGCCCUUCUCCGAACCGGAAUCGCGCUACGUGGACGCCGUGCUGCGGGAGUUCUCAGGCCGCAUCCAGAUCUACAUGGACAUUCACAGCCACGGAAACUACGUGCUCUACGGAUACGGGGACACCAGCCUGCCGCCCAACGCGGUCGAUCUGCACCAAGUCGGCGCCGUCAUGGGCGCCGUAAUGGACACAACGAAGCUGCCGGAAGCCAAUUACUAUUUGGUCGGAAACAGCGCUCUCGUGCUCUACGGGUCGUCCGGCAGUGCUCAGGACUACGGACAACACGUGGGCGUCCCCUUUUCAUACACCCUCGAGCUGCCAGGCUAUGGGUUCGCCUUCCUGGUGCCACCGCGGUACAUUCCGCACAUUAACGAGGAGACUUGGCGCGGCAUUGCAGCCACCGCAAGGCUUUCACUCCUCUACUAUCAAGCACGCCGA